GAAAUAGGAAAUUACUUUGCUGUCUUACAACAAGAACCAACUAAGUACAAUAACAGGUGUCACGCACACGAAACUAUUGUAACCACGAAAAUAGAAGUACCAAGAUGAUGAUACUCUCCACCUGAUCAAGGCUAACGCAUCAGCAGGACCGCCUUGUGUCGUGGAAUAUUCAACCAAGAAAAACGGCGAGACAGAGGCAGAUCUAGUGAGCGGCCCUGGAACGCUGGAGGAAUGGACUUGAUAAGCCAUAUUUCGCCGUCUGUCGUUCGCGACGCUUCAGGCGAAACGCGCGUCAAACCGCUGACAACAAUAUCGGAAGCUGAAAUCGAGGAUCCAGCUUCUUCCCCUGACAGGCCUGCUAGUCACGACAUUCACGCUAAACAAGACAGCAAGGAGACCUCGUCAAGUACGUCUCCACUGAGUGUUUCAUCUGAUGAGCUGUCCUUAUCGGACGAGGAGCAACGUAAGCCGGCAUCAGGGUUGGCGGAGAGGGUGGAGGAAAGCGUCGGUUCUGGUCGUGCUCGUGGACUUGCGGAUGCCACGCGAGAUGGUUGCUGCCGAGGGGACGGUAUUGAUCAGGAG